AUGACCGUCUCAUUCACAUGUUCUCGCCAUCUGGACCCCGGCGCCAACACCACCGUUUCUUAUAACACCACUAGCCGCCCACUCCACUCUACUUCUCUCGCCACGCCCCCAGCAACCGCCAAACAUGGCCAGCCCUAUCUGGUGCAUUCAACGUCUCCCGACCUUUCCUUCCAACACGGUUCUCCUGACCUGCAAGCCAUGUCCAACCUGAAAACCACUGUCAACAUCGCCGAGAUUACCGUGGAUGCCGACUCAACGCCCCCGAAGGGCCGUCCCAUCAAGCCCUCCAUGGAAUUCGGCUCAAACCUCCCCACCAACCACCCGGGACAUGAGACGCCACCAUCAUCAGGUCCAAGCAGUCGUCGCACUCCCAAGCGAAAACGAACCGUGUCUCCACCAUCGCCGUCCGGCAAACCGGCUGGGGACCAUGGCCGGUCCGCAUCUCGGAGCACUCAACGCUCAGCGGUGACUAGUCGUCGCAGCUCUUUACAUUCGCAUCGUCGUGUGGCUACGAAUGCAUCCCUCACUCCUUCCAUGUCCGCGCAGGAUCCAGAAAUCCGACGGGAGGAUCUCCUCGCUCUGCAUCGCGAGUCUUGCCGACUAUUCCAAGACCACGGACUCGCUGUAUCGACCCAACACAAACCCUCCCCUUCGUCGUCGGCACCUCAGAGUCCACCACGGACCAUUCGAGCGUCUUCCGAGAUUGGCUCCGCCCCCGUCUCUCCCAUACUUCCUACCCGCGCCUCUGUUUCGAGCCGUGGUGGGCGGGUCCCUCCACUAAGGACGAACUCCGUCCCAACAACUACCUACGAAGAACACUGCAUCUCUCCCAUUCAGACCUCCGCAACCGUCAUUGACUGGACCUCUCCAUCCACCCGGCGACGUGAGUAUGAGAAGAUCGACCGUGCCAGCAGCGGGGUCCGCGGGCUCUGGCGACGGGUCGCCCCCCAGUGGUGUCAGUUCGGCGACAGUCGGAUGCCGUUCUUUGAAGAAGGGAAAGACGGCAAGGGGAACUACGAGGGCAGCGUACGGAGAUUUCGCAUGGACCUCCCCGACGAGCCAGGCGUCGAAAACAAGCGGGGGCCCAUGAAGGCUUUGAAGCUGAAGCGGAGGUUUACUGUUGGACGGCGGGAUCGUCGAUGA